AUGAAGACUAUUUUUGUGCUUCUCUUAUUCUUUGUGGUGGCUCAAAAUCCAGGCUCAGCAGCACCUUCUCCCACCAUUUCCCCUACCAACAACAAUUCUCAGUGUCCAAUGGACAUGAAUUAUGUACUAACAGUCCCUUGGAACUCCUCUGGCUGCCUUAACUUCCAACCCUUAGCAACCAAAAAUGAAACACACACGAGUAUUUGUUGCCAAACUUUGUUAUCCCUCUUUGGCAUAGCACUUGCACAAAACCUGGAGAAAACCUCUCUUUUCCAACUCCCCAAUCUCCCUAUAUCUAUCUCUUGCCUCCAAGACUUCCAAUCCAAGCUCACUUCCUUAUCAUUUCCCAAUAACCUUGUGUCCACCUGCUUUGAUCCAGUUCAAUUUGUUAUCACUCCUAACAUUUGUGCUCAUGUUCAAUCUAAGCAAGAUUGGCUCUAUAGGCUUGGUCCUACACCACUGUUUGACACUGCAUGUAAACCAGACCUCAGUGAUCUUACCAAAUGUGAUGCAUGUGUGGAGGAGGGACUCAAGGUUGUGAAUAUGCUUACUGCCAUUGAUGGUAACACUUCACACUCCAAAGAUUGCUUUUACUUCACAAUACUUUAUAUUGCUGGAGUUGUGAAUGACUUUGGCAUUGAAAGCAAAGGUGUUAUGUCUUGCAUUUUUGAAUUGUCUGUUAAUCCUCAAUUGGGUUCCAGAAGAAAGGGACAUCAUGCUCUUGAACUUGGGUUGAUUGGGGCUUCAGUUGCAUUCCUUGUCAUCAUGUGUUCUUUGUUAGGAUUGUAUUUUUGGUACACAAGGGGGGUGAAGAGAAAAGAUGAAGAAAAUUCGCUUGUUUAUGCUGAUCCAGAGGAACAAAGGUCCAAAAUAAGAUUAAGACCAGAUACAGGUUCAACUUGGUUCAAGUUUGAGGACCUUGAGAAGGCCACCAACAGUUUUUCACCUCUGAACUUCAUUGGUAGAGGAGGGUUUGGGUCAGUUUACAAGGGUAUUCUACCUGAUGGCACAAUGGUUGCAGUUAAAUGGAUGGAAGAAUCUGAAUUUCAAGGGGAUGCUGAGUUCUAUAGUGAGGUGGAGAUUAUUAGCACCUUGAAGCACCGCAAUUUGGUGCCUCUAAGAGGGUGUUGUGUGGUUGAUGAGGAUGAUAAGCCUGAGCACAGUGGAAGGUAUCUUGUUCUUGAUUAUAUGCCACAUGGUAGCCUUGAAGACCAUCUAUUUCCAAACAUGGACAGUCAAAAUACAAAGAAAUGGCUAUCAUGGUCUCAAAGAAAAAGCAUAAUCUUGGAUGUGGCAAAUGCAUUGGUUUAUUUGCACUUUGGUGUUAAACCUGCUAUUUAUCACAGAGAUAUCAAAGCCACCAAUAUACUACUUGAUGAAGGUAUGAGGGCAAGGGUUGCAGAUUUUGGGCUAGCCAAACAAAGCAGUGAAAGUAGGUCUCAGCUAAAUACUAGAGUAGCUGGAACUCAUGGAUAUCUUGCUCCAGAAUAUGCACUCUAUGGUCAGCUAACUGAGAAGAGUGAUGUAUAUAGCUUUGGUGUGGUUAUUUUGGAGAUUAUGUGUGGAAGAAAAGCUCUUGACUUGUCUUCAGCAGGAACACCUACUUUCUUGAUCACAGAUUGGGUUUGGUCAUUGAUGAAAUCAGGAGACUUAGGAGAAGCUUUGGAUGGUUCUAUCUUAAUAGAUGGAAAUUCUAAUAUAAACAUAAUGGAGAGAUUUUUGCUGGUUGGAAUUCUGUCUUCUCAUGUAAUGGUUGAUUCAAGGCCAACAAUUUUGGAUGUUUUGAAGAUGUUAGAAGGGGAUAUUGAGGUUCCACCAAUUCCAGAUAGGCCAAUGAGUCAUGGGCACCAUAUGUUUUUCAAUGGUCUUUCCAUGGAAUAG